CCCCUUGCUUGCCGCUCCAGCUGUUCCCACCGCUGCGCUCCUUCUGCCGUCAGCCCGCUGGUGUGCUGUGCGCCCGCAUUACCGAUGCAGCAGCGACCAUGACAGGCAUCGCCGCUGCUUCUUUCUUCUCCAACGCUUGUAGGUUCGGCAGCUGCGGACUUCAUUUCGACUCUCUGGCCGAGCUCAUCGUGCACAUCGAGGAUAACCACAUCGACACAGAUCCCCGCCUUCUAGAGAAGCAGGAGCAGCAGCAGCCCACCUAUGUCGCCCUCAGCUACAUCAACAGGUUCAUGACGGAAGCUGCGAGGCGAGAGCAUGAGGCGCUGAAGAAGAAGAUGCUGCCCAAGUUGUCUCUCUCUCUGACGGGCAGCCUGUGUCGCACCAGCGUGUCCACUCCACCUCGCCACACCAGCGGAAACCUCACUCCUCCCGUCACACCUCCCAUCACCCCUUCCUCAUCCUUCCGCAGCAGUACGCCCACAGGUAGCGAGUGCGACGAAGAGGAUGUAGACUUUGAGGAGUCCGACAGCGACGAGUCGUGGACCACAGAGAGCGCCAUCAGCUCAGAAUCCAUCCUCAGCUCCAUGUGCAUGAACGGAGGGGACGAGAAGCCCUUCGCCUGUCCCGUCCCAGGCUGUAAAAAGAGAUACAAGAAUGUCAACGGGAUUAAAUAUCACGCCAAGAACGGCCACCGGACCCAGAUAAGGGUCCGCAAACCCUUCAAGUGCCGCUGCGGGAAGAGCUACAAGACAUCUCAGGGUCUCCGCCACCACACCAUUAACUUCCACCCGCCCAUCUCCACUGACAUCAUCCGCAAGAUGCAGCAGUAGGGAUGGAGGGAGGGAGGGAGCAGGCGAGCGCUCUUCCCAACAUCCACCAUCACCAGCAGCAGAUGCUGUUUCUUCUUCUGUUCACUUUGCUACACUGUGACACUAUUUCAUCAUUAUUUGCAUGCUUUAAAAUGGAUAGUAUUCUUUUGCGCUGAUGUUGAUUCUUAAAGUAGGUCACAGUUUUGCAGUUUGCACAUUCAAGCAUUGAAAAUGUAGAUUUUUUUUUUUUUUUUUUUGGACCUAUAGGUGCUUGUUGGCGAAAGAAAUCAUGUUAGUUUUUCCAUUCAAGCAUAAGAUACCAUCAUGAUGCCUUUGUCAGUGUACCAUGUGCCAAAUUGGACCCCCUUUGAAGGCCACAUUAGGUACACUUGCACAAUAAUGAAUGACAUCAACAUAUCAUUUGAAUGCAUUGCAGCUUGACACCGCUGAAAACCACAAGAAACAUUAGUACGUGUGCCUAAUAUUGUGGCCAUAUUUUUAUUUGUACAUCACCCAACUCAGGUGACGUUCGCAAGCAUUUCAGCAACAUGUUCUAAGUGUUCAAACCCACAUUGAUAUAAUUUUGCGUCAUUUUCACAAACACAUUCCUAAUACCGAAGUAGUUUUCUCCUCAUUACAUUGUAGUGCGGGAUUCAAGCACUUUUUUUCUCUCAACAAGUUGCCAACAAAUGAGCAUUUUUGCCAACCUCACAUUCCUGAUGUAUACAUAUUAUGUAAAUAUGCAGUAAAAGUAUACAAAAGCUACUGUUAAGUGGCACUUUGCAGAAUGUACAUCAAAAUUCCAGUGUUUCUAGUCUUGUGAUGUUUGUCCUCGCCUUGAAUUGUCAACCAUUCCAGAUCAUGACAGUGGAGGUAAACACGUGUUACAGCAGGGGUGUCCAAAGUACAACGUUUUUGGUCCUUCAGAAAAUGUAAUUAAGAUGUAUUAGAUAUUACGUUUCUUGGUCACAGAAAUGUGAAAAUGUGACUAUUUUGUUCAAAUAGCUUUGAAGAAUUUUCUGUAUGUGGCCCUCGGUGGGAGAAGUUUGGACACCCCUGCAUUAGAGGCUUGUGAAGCUGUUAUAAAAGCAAUUCUGGAGCUCUUUGUACAAGUUUUCAUUGUAAAAUGAAAAAGUGCUGACGUUGCCACCAAUCAUGUUUCAAAAUCUAUUUUUCACUGCAUGGCAUGGAUGUUUGCAUUUUAAUGGAGAGUUGUGACAGUAUUGUACUGCCAGAUGUCUUUUAAUAAUAGGUGUACAGUGAAUGUGUUACGCUUCAAGUGCAUUAAAUUAUAUUUUCAUAUGUUUCUGGAAGAAAAAAAAAACUUAUGUAAAGGAGGUAAAUACUGACUGGUGUUGUAUUUCCUCAAAAAAAAGCUGCUUCGUGUAAACUUUUGUUAUGUUUGGAAUAAA